AUGUCUGAUAAAAGACUUCCAACCGUUCCUGAGACUAUUCUUAAGAGCAGAAAGAUCCGCGCUGAAGCUAAUGCUAAAGCCCAGGAAGCCAAGAAAAAAGCUCUUGUGAAAGCUAAGCUUGCUAAGGGACAAGCUAUUAGACGUGCUCAAAAGUACGCUGCUGAGUACCGCAAGAAGCAACAAACUGAACUUCGUCUUAAGCGUGAAGCUAAAGCUCACGGAAACUUUUAUGUUCCAGAUGAAGCUAAAGUUGCUUUUGUUGUCAGAAUCAAGGGUAUCAACAAAAUUCACCCAAGACCAAGAAAAGUUCUCCAACUUUUUAGACUUAGACAAAUCAAUAAUGGAGUUUUCAUUAAAUUGAAUAAAGCUACCAUUGAAAUGCUUCGUAUCAUUGAACCAUACGUUGCUUAUGGAUAUCCAUCUCUUAAGACUGUCAAAGAACUUGUCUAUAAAAGAGGAUAUGGAAAAAUCAAUGGACAAAGAAUUCCACUUACAAACAAUGCUACCAUUGAAGAAAAUCUUGGUAAAUAUGAUAUUAUCUGUGCUGAAGAUAUUGUCCAUGAACUUUACACUGUUGGACCAAAUUUCAAACAAGUUUCAAACUUUUUAUGGCCAUUCAAACUUUCUAAUCCAAGUGGAGGAUUCACCAAGAAGGCUAACCACUUUGUCGAAGGUGGAGAUUACGGAAAUCGUGAGGAGAAAAUUAAUGCUCUUCUUCAAAAAAUGAUCUAA